AUGAUUCAUUUGCUAAUUCAGUUGGUUUAUUAUAGUUUGUUAAUAGAUCCAAUAAGAUUUUAUUUCAUCUAUGUUUUAGAUGUAAAUUUAGGUAAUUUAUUUAUGAAAUUUUAGUAUGUAAGUUAUUCAUAAUUCUUGAGUUUCUUUGAUUGUAUUAACUGUUANAUUCUAGGCUUUUGAUGAGAACAUAGCUAAACAUUAUUUUUCUGAAAUACUUAUAGCUUUGGAAUAUUUACAUAAUAAUAAUAUAAUACAUAGAGAUUUAAAACCAGAAAAUAUAUUAUUAGAUUAAUAUGGACAUAUAAAAUUAGCUGAUUUUGGUUUAAGUGAAUUGGGUAUCAAUAAAAUAAUGAUUAAAAAGUGUAGUUAAUAGAAUUUUACAUAAAAUGAUUCAUCUCCAUAACCUAUAUAUCAAAUGAUAAAGGGGAGAUCUUUUAGAAAGUCUAAUAUUAUUCCUGAAAAUGCUGAAAGAAGAAUUAUAGGAACUCCAGAUUAUAUAGCCCCUGAAAUUAUUAGGGGUCAAUCAUUUUCUCAUAAAUCUUAAGAUUUUUGGUCUCUUGGAAUUAUAUUGUAUGAAUUUUUAGUUGGCAUUCCUCCUUUUAAUGAUGAUUCUGUUGAGAAGAUCUAUCAGAAUAUAUUAAAUGGAGACAUUGAAUGGCCUGAAAUUGGUAAUGAUCCAGAAGAAUAAAUAUCAUAAUAAGCUUAUGAUUUAUUAAAGAAAUUAUUAAAUCCUGAUUAUACUCAAAGAUUAGGAUAUGGAUCAAUAGAUGAAAUAAAAAAUCAUCCAUUUUUAUCAUCUAUUAAUUGGAAUGAAUUGAGAAAUUCUCCUGGUCCAAUAAUUCCUUAGAUAAAUUAGAAUUUUUAACCUUUUGAGAAUGUAACAGAAAAAGUUUAAAAAUUUAUUAAAAAAGGAGAAUAAAAAUAAAUUCAAAUUAUCAAUAAACUAUAAGAGGAAUUAGAAUAUUUGGAGAGAAUUGAUUUAUUAGUGGCAAAGAAUGAAAAUGAAGCUUAAUUGAUUUAAUAAUAAUUAUAAUUAUUUUCAUGA